CAUGGAACUACUAACCUCACCAACAUGACUUGGUCACAAAAAUUGCAAACGCGUCGACUGCCCCUUGCAUGACAGUUGCUUUGUCGGUUUCUCAUUUUGUUAUUCACUAAUUAUUCAAGUAGAUAAUAUUCAAACACUAUUUUCAGUGUGAGUUGAUAUAAUUGGAUUAACAGAAUGUUCCGUAAUCAAUACGACAGCGACGUGACGGUAUGGAGUCCCCAGGGUCGUCUCCAUCAGGUGGAGUACGCCAUGGAGGCCGUGAAACUCGGUUCAGCAACUGUUGGCCUGAAGAAUAAAACUCACGCAGUUCUCAUUGCCCUCAAGAGAGCAUCGUCAGAGCUCUCUGCUUACCAGAAAAAGAUCAUUCCCAUCGAUAAACACAUGGGAAUCAGUAUCGCUGGACUCACUGCUGACGCCAGGAUGCUCAGCAGGUAUAUGAGGACAGAGUGCUUGAAUUACAAGUACUCCCACGAUGAUGUGCUUCCAGUCAAUCGGCUCAUUGCUACUCUGGGGAAUAAGAUGCAGACAUGCACGCAGAGAUACGACAGACGUCCUUAUGGUGUUGGAUUACUCGUUGCUGGUUUUGACGAUCAAGGACCACACAUUUACCAAACCUGUCCCUCAGCGAAUUACUUCGACUGCAAAGCAAUGGCGAUUGGAGCAAGAUCGCAAGGAGCCAGGACGUACCUAGAGAAACAUUUGAAUGAGUUCUCUGGAAGUUCUCUCGAGGAUCUCGUUAAACAUGGUCUGAGAGCACUCAGGGACACCCUCCCCAAUGAACUCGAUCUCUCUGUUAAAAACGUCUCGAUUGGCAUCGUCGGUAAGGAUCAGGAGUUCGAGAUUCUAGGGGAGACAGAAACUGCCACAUACUUAACAGCUAUUGAGGGCGAUGAGAAGAGAGGUAGACCAGCAAGCGGACAGGACCUGCAGCAGGACGAUCAGCCACCUCAGGAUCCACCAGCUGAUGAGGGGCCUGCAGAUCCACGAGUCUCUGUUGCCAUGGACACUGAAUAAAACUUCAAUUUUCACUGAUUCAUACUAUUACCCAAAUUUUUCAGGUUUAAUAAAGUUUCUUUUCACUCAUAA